AUCCCCAUUGUUGCUGUAUUUAAUGUUUCUUGUGUAUGUACUAGUUGAUUGCUGUAUUUUAUUUGAUCUAUUUAUUUGCAGUACUGUCACUUGCGGGGUCAUUUUUCAGUGUAACUGGAGUAAAAGAAUGAACAUCAAAGAGUCAGAAACGACAGCAAACCCCACCCAGUUUGAUGGGGUGCAUCCCAUUGGUUCGUGCGUUUGUAGAUCAGCUCGCCCUAAAUUCAGCGGCUCUCAUUGGCCGACAGUGACGACAAUCUCAGACCCGCACCCCGCCCACCUUAGCGGAUCAAGUUUGAAUGAACUGCAACAGCCUUGGUUUGGAGGUGCCAGCAGCGUUUGUGUUAAUUAUUAAAAGUGUCUAUCAAAGGGCGCGUUGAACCAGAAUGGAGAUGAAGAAGAGAAUUCACCUGGAACUGCGGAACCGUACUCCGUCAGACGUCAAAGAGCUUGUUCUUGACAACUGUUGCUCCAAUGACGGCAAGCUCGAGGGUCUAACCGAUGAAUUUGAGGAGCUGGUAUUUCUGAGCACAAUGAGGGUUGGUCUGACCACAGUCGCCAACUUGCCGAAGCUAAAAAAGCUCAAGAAGCUUGAACUCAGCUAUAACAAGAUAUCAGGAGGCUUGGAAGUGUUGGUAGAGAAAUGCCCCAAUCUCACUCAUCUCAAUUUAGGCGGCAACAGGAUUAAAGACCUCAGCACCAUUGAACCACUGAAAGAACUGGGGACCCUGAGAAGCCUAGAGCUGUACACUUGUGAGGUGACAAACCUGAGCGAAUACAGAGACAAUGUUUUCAAGCUACUACCACAGCUCAUCUAUCUGGACGGAUAUGACAAAGACGACAAAGAGACAUCGGAUUCUGACACCAAGCUUUACGCAGAAGGCUGGGAAUACGGCGACGAAGAUGAGGAUGACGAAGAGGAUUAUGAUGAUGAUGAUGAUGAUGAUGAUGCACCGUCGGGAGAAGAAGAGGAGGAUGAGGGUGAUGACGAUGAGGAGGAGAAUGAAGAAGGGGCCCUCAGUGGAGAAGAAGAAGAUGAGGAUGACCUGAAUGAGAAAGAAGUAGAUGAUGAGGAGGAGGCAGAGGAGGACGAACUAGAACAAGAUUGGGGUCAGAAGAGAAAACGAGAACUGAAUGAAGAAGACGAAGACGACGAUGAUGACGAUUGAGGGUCAUUUUGGAGUUAAAUGUGAACUGUUUGCACUUGUAUGUCCUAGUCUCUUCCCAGUAACCAAGUGUUUUUCCCUUAAGUAGCAGAGCUUUGGUUCUUUGCCCUUUCAUCACAGGCUCUGCACCUUUGUGGAUCUUUGAAGCGCUUUACAGUCCACUUUUAACUACUUUGCCAACACACAUUUUGUAAACGAGGCAAGGACAAACCUUUUAAGAGAUAUUUGGGGCGUUUUCUCACUGUUUUUAUGAAACCCGUUUGUGACUACAUCUCUAUUUUAAGCCCCUCACAUUAAAAUGGAUCAAACAAU